AUGUCUGCAAACAACUCAUAUUUAGUGCCUGAACAGAUCUCCAACGCAAUUUACGAACCUUCAUCAAUGCCAGAAAAGAAAGUUGGUGGCAAUAGGGAAAAAGCCAAGCAAUGGACAUAUUAUAUUGAAACACUUAACCGAACCAUUGAUUGCAUCUAUGAAAUCUGUCACAAAGAGCAAACCGUUAAUGGAUGCAAAGAAGCGCUAAUGUAUCUUUCGAAUUCCGUUCGCGAUUUUGAAUCACUCAUUAAAACAAUUCAACUGGAAGUUGGUUGGGAUGAAAAGAGCAGCAGGCGACAUGCAGUCGCUUGGGAAAUUAGGAAAGCAAUAUCACCAUCUGGAAAGACAAUCGUUGAAGGACCAAACAAAAAGAAUGCUGACACUCUCAUCAAUAUGCUUAAACUAUCACCAAUCGUUGUGCAUGAGGUUGUCCAGAGUGCGGAAAAAAAAAUGAAUGCCAAAUUACCACAAUCUGCACCAGCUUUAUUCUCUUCAACCGCAGCAACACUACAGCACAACGAAGCGUUAUCAGAUAAAGAAAAUUAUAAGAAAGGGAUGGAACUGAGCAAGUUCGAAAAUCUACAGGGAAUAUGCAUUAUUGAUAACAUAAUAGUAUUCAUUUACAAGGAAGGUCAGAGUGAUGAUGGAUGGCAUUUAGUAACAACGCGACACAGGCGGCGGAAGAGUGUUGAGGCCGACUCUAUCUUGACUAACAAUAAAGAAGGGGAGCGUAAUAUUGCAAUGACGGCGUCUCCGAAAAGGACUUUUAUGAAUGUUUAUGAGCGCUUGUCAACUGGUGUCCUUCGACCUCCGAAUCUGUCAGCUCGUACACCAACUCUUUCGGAAUCUGGUGGGCGAGGUUUAAUGUAUCCUAGAUGUGCAAUGGAUUUACCACAAACAAAAGCGUCCAUGGCAAAAGUUGCUUACUGUCGGCAGUUAUUGUGGAAGAAACAUCAAUUAGAUUUGGCAGAGAAGAUGGAACGAAGGCGUCGUCAAGAUUUGCAGAACGCCCGCAAAGCUGGUUCCGUCCCUGCUCUUUCGGCGAUUAAUUUUGCUGAUCCAGAUGCUGUUUCACGCAGUGCUGCAGCGUUUAAAAAUCGGAGGAAAGUACUGAAAAAAGAUGGGACUGCUGGAAUAGUGAAGGAGCGAAGUAAAAGGGCAAGUUUUGAGCGCAUAGAGGAAUUACCAUCGGAAAACGACGAAGAUCGUGAGAAUAUCCCUGCUGAUCUAGAGGAAUCGAUUGCUAUCUACUCCAACUCGAAUUAUUUUACUCACAGCAGAUCUGAACCACCAUUAUCCGAAUUGGUGCUGCCUGAUGGUAUAGAUAUGGAUGAUGCAUGGAGAGCAAUGACAGAAGAAGAGGAAUCAUUGGUGCAAGAAGAAGAAAGUUUAAAAAAAGAAAUUGAAGAGGAAGAAAGUAUUUCUAUUGACGAAGAGCUGGAACGACAAGUGGCUGCUGAAGCUGCGGCACUGGAACAGUUGGAAACUGAGGUAACUGAAGAAGAUGAAUGUGAGGAAACUGUUGAGGCAAAAUCAUGCAGUAACAAAAAAGCCCCAGCAACAUGGCAAGAUGUCGUCAACAACUGGAAACAGGAAAUGGAGGAAUAUGCAUCGGUAAGUUGGAGUGAAAUUGUGGAAAGAGAAAUUAUUCGUUAUCGUAAGCCGGGGGAGUUUGCUGAAAGGCAUGAAAAGUUAUCUUCACCGAGCAGGAAAAGAAACACUGAAAAUGCGACAGAGCGACACAAGGAACGACAAAGAAGAGCUGAAGAAUUGCGUCAAAUGUUGCAGAAACAGAAAGCUCAGCGAUUGAAAGAACUGUCCAAUAAGGUGGAAGAAGUACGGCGAAAGCGGGCUGAACUGACUGAACGAAAGCUUGAACACUUACAGAUGCGAAUGGCGAAGGCUGAAGAAAAUCGUCAAAAAAACAUUGAAGAAAAAGUGAAAAAGGCACGGGACGAUGACGUCAAGGUUAUGGAAGUGCAGUUCAUAAACACAAUAGGAGCACAUAAUAUGCGGCAUGAUGCUAUUGUUCGUAGUCAGGAAUGGGAGCAGAGAGUACAGACGAUUGCGAGCGAACGAGCUAGAAAAAAUGAGGAAAAGGCUGCUAAAGAAGCUGCAGCUGAACAGCGUCGAAAAAUUGCAGCAAAUCAACGAAAACAAAAAAUGCGCGAGAAAUUUGAGAAGCACAAGUUGCUGGAAGCACAACGUAACGAACAGGAGAGGGAAAGAAGUGAAGUUGUUCGAGAAAAAAAUAAGCAGCUGAAUGAGCGAGUUGCGGAAAAGAGGGCAACGGAGGCUGUUGAAAGUGCGAAGUUGAUGAAGAAGAUCCAGAAAAAGCAAGAAGAAACACGUCGUCGUUAUGAGAAUACUUUAACACAAGUAAAACAUCGUGCUGUUGAAUUGAGCAGUCCUAGACCGAUGGAGUCAGUGGUUUCUUUGGCCGAUUUUAGCCAGAUACCUUCGGAAAUUCCCUAUGUUUCAAUACUCGAAGGUGUAAUUGGUGGUGGGAGCUCUAAGAAAUGCAAACUUUGCGAUACUCUACUGGACAGUGACUUUUUCGUUAUGUCACAUUUCCUUAGCGUUUCGCAUCUGUCCAAGGCAAAUAUUGACAUCAAGGAACUAACUUACGAUUGUUUGAAAACACAGAUCGAUCAGAAUGCUGAAGAUAUUGGUGUUGAGGUAACCAGGCAGUUAUCUAUAGGAGGCGAAAGUGAACUUUCGAAACAAAGUACGAGUGCCAAGAAACGUCGAACUCGUCUUCGACAGAAGAUCCAGGCAAGAGCUAAAGAAUACGAAAACAUAAUUGAACAAAGCAGUUUAGCUGAAUCUUAUCGAACUCCAUCUGGAAAAACAAGUAUUGAUCGUCCUCUUCGGGAUAUCGCAAAAGUGUUAAAAACAGUCUUGGGGGAUAGUGCAAUUAAAGAUCGCUGCAGUGGAUUGGCGAAGGAGUCAUUUCAGAGUAAAGUUUAUCCAAGCACCGAUUUGCAUAUCCUUGAAAGGUCGUUGUCCGAAAUUCUGCGUGCACUGCGAACAUCCGACACGUCGCAAAAACGUGAAAUGCUUUUGAAAGCAGUAGUGCAGAAUGGUUUUAUAGAUGUUUUGACGGCACUGAUAUCUUGUGCGACUAAUGGCGACACAGUUAUACCUUCCAGAACCUACUGUAAAGCGUUGUCUAUCCUUGGAGAACUUAUCACUAUCGACAGAUUUAUUGCUUCAAAGUUCUUUUUCUCCAAUCGGAUCUUUGCACUGUUAGAUGCAUAUUGCAUCAAGUCUAAAAUGAUGGUUUGGCAGUUUCUAAAAGAAUCCUCUCAAAUACCAUCCAACGAUGGAUCUCAUCGGCUUCUAAUUGAAUGUGUUAUGUUGUGUUCGACAUUUUUAUGUAUUUUGGGCAAUUUGUAUCCAAAAGUCAAAGGAGAAAUUUCAAGUAGUGCAAUCGUAUUUGGCAUUACAGAUGACGACAUAUACGUAAAACUGCUGCUGAGCUUAAUUCAUUCGAAUGGCUAUAGUGAUACUCUUUCGCUCCUCAUCAAACACACAGGCACGAUCGAUGCACUACCUUGGUCAGUUCAACUUGAUUCUAACGCGAUUGCAAUACCUCUCAUGGUUUAUAUUGACAUGAUUUUGGAAGCUGGUGGGAUACUCUACCUCUUUGCAUGUAGAAAAGGAGGAAACGAAGCAGAAGGAAUAUUAUCUGAAAAAUCGUCAAUCAUAAGUACUGCAGCUCCUGCAGCAAUUCAGCAACUCGCAGUUCGAAUUUAUUCAAUGAUAUCGUCAGACUGCAGUUCAUCUGCUGCAGUAGCCACAAUAUCCGUUUUAUCGAUAGCAAAUCAUCGUGAAGAAAUUGGUGUUACUCAGCUAUUGACAACAUCGCUUUUUCAGCUCUGGUUUUUGCUUUUAAAAAGGGAACCGUAUGAGGCAGUCAAAUGUCUUGAGGAUAGUGAACUUUGUUUACGAUUGAUCCACAUCACUAUGACAAUGGUGACUCAAACUGAGAAAAUUGUUUCUUCAAACGUGGAUUCGUUAAAAUCGAAAGCUACGGAAAAGCGUACUAGAAAUUUUCUUCAUUUUCUCAUCGAAGUGAUUGGAUAUUUUGCCACUGCUAGUGAACGCGCUAAAAUGUUUUGUGUACUUGGUUGGCAACGUUCAUUGUUGAUACAGCUUGCUUCGCUACCAGUGGGAUAUUUCUCAAAUCGUGAACUAAUGGCAAUAUUGAUGCCAACUUUGAUCGCUAUAUGCUAUCAAAAUCCCAUGGCGAUCGAUUUAGUCAGGCCAUCGCUCAGCACAAAAACUUUUGCGAUAUAUCUCGAAGCAGUGCAGGAUAAGCAGUUUCCGGAACCGGCGCGAUUUCCAAAGAAGUUUUGGUCUAAUGCAAUAGAAUAUUUCAACAGUUGUUAA